UUAUUUUUCUUCUUCUUCUGCAGGUUCCAGACGGAGUCACGGUUCUGAUGAGUGCGUCCCGCAGCUCGUACUCCAAACAGGACCGGGUCUUCCAGUUCUCCAUGGAGUUUCCUGUCCCGUCCUACCUGGUUGCAUUGGUGGCUGGAGAGCUGCAGCACGUCGACGUCGGCCCGCGGAGUCGUGUGUGGGCGGAGCCAUGUCUGCUGUCGUGUGCGGUGAAGAAACUCGGGGGCAGCGUGGAGCGCUGGCUGGGCGUGGCCGAGGAGCUGUUUGGACCGUACCUGUGGGGCAGGUGUGACAUCGUGUUCCUCCCCCCCUCCUUCCCCAUCGUCGCCAUGGAGAACCCCUGCCUCACCUUCAUCAUCGCCUCCAUCCUGGAGAGCAGCGAGUUCCUUCUGAUCGACGUCGUCCAUGAGAUCGCUCACGGCUGGUUCGGCAACGCCGUCACCAACGCCACCUGGGAGGAGAUGUGGCUGAGCGAGGGGCUGGCCACCUACGCCCAGCGCCGCAUCACUACUGAGGCCUACGGUGAGGCAUUCACCUGUCUGGAGACGGCCGUCCGAUUGGACGCCCUCCAUAGACAGCUGCGUCAGCUGGGAGACAACAACCCAGUGAGCCGGCUGCAGGUCAAGUUUGAGCCAGGUGUGAACCCCAGCUCUCUGAUGAACCUCUUCACCUAUGAGAAAGGCUUCUGCUUCGUAGCGUACCUGAGUACGCUGAGUGGAGACGUGAGACGCUUCGACUGCUUCCUCAGGGACUACAUCUCAGAGUUUAAGUUUCAGAGCGUGGUGGCUCAGGACCUCAUCGACUACUUCCUGGGUUAUUUCCCCGAGCUGAAGGACGCCGCCGUCUCCCAGAGAGAAGGUCUGGAGUUUGAGCGCUGGCUGAGCGGGUCUGGACCUCCUCUGUAUGAGCCGGACCUGUCGGCGGGGGGCACUCUGACCCGGCCCGUCCAGGACCUGUGUGACCUGUGGAAGAGGUCCGAGUCCCCGGACCUGCCGACCCUGGAGACCUUUGACCUCUCGACCUGGAGCACCUUCCAGAUCGUCCUGUUCCUGGACCGCAUGCUGGACCUGACCCCCCUCCCCCCAGGUGUGAUGUCCAGCCUGUCUUCCUGCUACUCGUCCCUGUUUGACGGUCUGAACGCUGAGGUUCUGAUCCGCUGGCUGCAGCUGGUGGUCAGAAACUCCUUCUACCCCGAACUGCCUCGAGUCCGAGCCUUCCUCCACAAACACACGUCCAGGAUGUAUACGGUGCCGCUGUAUGACGACCUGGUUGCCGGGGUGAUGAAAUGCGUUGCCGUGGAGAUUUUCAACCAGACUCAGCGCCGCCUGCAUCCGAACCUCAGACGGACGUUACAGCAGAUCCUGUUCCAGAACGGCGUCGCCCCGACCAAUCAGAACGGCCCCGCUCUGUCCAUUGUACCCCCCUCCCCAUCCUCCUCCCCCUGCCCUCAGCCCGCCGCCACGGCAACUGCCUCCGCUGCUGCUGCCGGGACUAACACCGCCAUCGCUCUGCGGGACGUUAACGUCUCCGCGUGAAAUCCACCGCGUCCCGCCGGCGGAACUACAGACGCUGAAAGUUUAAACACUGUGAUGAAGAAAAGUCCGUACUACAGGAAGUUCACUCCAGAGAUGGGCUGCUGCUUUAUGAUGAUCAUGUGACUGAUCAUGUGACUGUUUUUUAAGGACGACAGCUGCAGCUCAAAUCAGACUUGACACGUUCAUCAGGUCCUUUUAACUCUGAGCUGCUCAAACCCUCAGACGGGUCCUCUGAUUGGACGUUGUCAGACGGGUCCUCUGAUUGGACGUUGUCAGACGGGUCCUCUGAUUGGACGUUCUCAGACGGGUCCUCUGAUUGGACGUUCUCAGACGGGUCCUCUGAUUGGACGUCAGCGGUCUCAGAGUCUUUUCUACGUGCUGACUGUAAACCAGAGGACGACAGGGGGACGUGUCUCAGCAGCAGGUUGUCUCACCUUGUUGAUUAUUGAUCGUCUUCAUUGAUUAUCUCUGACAGUCUGGAGGCUCGUCUCUGACAGGAAGAGGAAGUGUAACUGAGUACUCUGAGUACUCUGAGUACUCUGAGUACCUUCAGAGUAUUCUGGCCUUAAAACAUCCUUCAUCUGUUAACACCGUUAACCUUAUUGAUUAUUGAUUAGUCUUCGUCAGAAAAUCACUGAAAAACAUCAAAACUAAUGAUUGUGUUUAUAAAUAAUAGUUAGUAUAUGUAUAUAUGUGUUUGUGUAUACAGUAUGUAUAUAUAUAUAUAUAUAUAUAUACAUACUGUAUAUCUGCUUGGUUGGUGUGUCACGGUGAGCUCCUCCUGACACAAACCAGCCUCCACAACUUCAGUGUUGUGAGUCGUGAUAAUUAUUAUUAUUAUUAUGAUGAUGAUGAUGAUGAUGAUGACCUGUAGCUCAGGAGGAGGAACGAUGCGUUCACUGUCGCUACGUCAGCGAACUACUGGCUCCAGAUCCAUCUUCAACACAGAAACUAGUUUGAUCUUCAACUCUACCUCCUGAUUCUGACUGACCAUGACUCAGCGUGUCACAUGACUCAGCAUGACUCAGCAGUAAAUGUAAUAACCAGCAGACUUCCACCUGAGUGGCCUUAAUGCUGCAUUCACUGCCCCGGGGAACCGAGAGCUUCAUUCUGCUCGUCUUCGUCCCUUUAAUGUUAAAUCCUGACUGUUUUUAAAUUCAGAAGCAAUAAAAAUACUUUAAACUGCA